AUGAACCAAUCAGACGCGUCGCAAGGGCCGCUAGACGGCGUGCAAAUCGUCAGUGAGGGUACGCUGACGUACGAUGGCCGCUACAGACGCUACAGCAUCUCCGGAAUCAACUUCGAGGUUCCCGUGCGCUACGUCCCGCUCUUCCCCCUUGGCCGAGGAGCCUAUGGUGUUGUUUGCUCUGCACGAGAUGAGACGACCGGGGAGGAGGUGGCGAUCAAGAAGAUCGGCAACGCGUUCAACGACCGCACAGAUGCCAAGCGGACUCUCCGCGAGAUUCUGAUCCUCCGCAACAUGAACCACCCCAAUGUGAUUGCCAUCAAGGACGUCAUCCGUCCGCCCAACCCGCAGAGCUUCCAGGACGUGUAUAUCGUGUAUGACCUCAUGCCCGAGGACCUGCACGGGGUCAUUCGGUCCGGGCAGGACAUGGAUGAACGGCACUACACGUUACUGAAGGGAGUCAAGUACAUCCACUCCGCCAACAUCCUGCACCGCGACUUAAAGCCCCCCAACAUCCUCAUCGACGGGCGCUGCAACAUCAAGAUCACCGAUUUCGGCCUUGCGCGAACCCGUGUGGAAACCACCGACCACCUGACGAAAUAUGUGGUUACCAGAUACUACCGCGCUCCCGAGCUGCUGGUGAACAACCAGCAGUACAGCGCUUCCAUCGACGUGUGGUCCGUGGCGCUCAUCUAUCUGGAGCUCGUGCUGGGGCACAUUGUGCUCAGAGGCGAUAACUACGUGGACCAGCUCCGCAAGACCUGCGAGGUGCGGCUGAAGGGAGGAGGGACAGCAGAGGGGAGUAUGGGAUCUCCAUCUGCAGAGGACGCCUCCUUCAUAGUCAACGAUGCCGCCCGCACCUUCCUGCUCUCAGAGCUACAGGGCUUCCCCGCGCGGAACAUCAGGGACGUGUUCCCCAAGCUGUCGGAACCCGCGGCUGACUUGGUGCAGCGCAUGCUCGUGUUCGACCCGAGAAGGCGAAUCACAGUUGACGAGGCAUUGGCCCACCCGUACCUGGCGCACUACCACAAGGCGAACCAGGACCCGCCGCACCCAAACCCCUUCCAGUUCGACCUGAGCUUCGAGCAGGAGGAGUAUGACAUCCCCCGCAUCCGCCAGCUCAUCUUCGAGCAGGCCUGCGCCUUCAACCCCCAAUAA